UAUCACUCCAUUGUAUAUUCAUUGUUCUCUUCUUUGAUCAUGGCUGGAAAUGAUUUAAAAAUAUUAGGAGCAUGGCCUAGUCCAUAUGUCAUGAGGCCUCGUAUUGCUCUUAACAUAAAAUCUUUGGCCUAUGAUUUCUUGGAGGAACAAUUUGGUACUAAAAGUGAACUUCUACUUAAAUCAAAUCCAAUUUACAAGAAAAUUCCAGUUCUAAUUCAUGAUGGAAAUCCCAUUUGUGAAUCUCUAAUUAUUGUUCAAUAUAUUGAUGAAAAUUGGACUAAUUUUGGUCACUCUAUUCUUCCCUCUCAUCCUUAUGAACGUGCCAUUGCAAGAUUUUGGGCCACUUAUAUUGAUGAUAAGUGGUUUCCAGCACUGCGUGGUGUGGCAGCAGCACAAGAAGAAAACGCGAAAAAGGCAGCAACGGAGACUGUGAUCGAAGGCCUGGUGUUGUUGGAAGAUGUCUUCAAGAAUUGCAGCAAAGGCAAGAAUUUCUUUGGUGGAGACAAAAUUGGAUAUUUGGACAUUGCACUUGGAUGUUUCUUGGGUUGGCUAAAGGUGAACGAGAAAUUGAACAAUGUAAAGCUUCUUGAUGAAUCGAAAACUCCAUGUUUAUACAAAUGGGCUGAGGAUUUUUGUUCUGAUAGUGUUGUCAAAGAUGUCAUGCCUGAAACUGAUAAGCUUGCUCAGGCUGCUAAGGUCAUUUGGGCUAGAAUUAGAGCUCAAGCGUCUAGCUAAAUUCGUAUGUUAGUUCUUCUUCUUUUGAUCGUGAUGUGUUUAGACUAUGACGUCUUUGGUAGUUAUUUUCAAUGUACAUUUGGUCUUUUUGUAAGGCCUACAAAGUACCUUAAUAAGCUAUUCAGCAAAGAUCUACUAGUUACUA